AUGACCCCGGACACAGACCUAGACCCAGAAUCGGAAUCGGAGUCGGAGUCGGAACCCAAGUCUAAACAGCUUCACAGCAGUCUGUGUGCUCAGCGAAAUGCGCUACUUUCAAACAUAACAUACAACUUUUUCUUACUACACACGCUUCUCUUCCUCUCUCUCACAGACGAUAUCACGUAUACGACACCGAAUGAACCACUGUUGCUGCAACAGCUGCUGACUGCCAAUGCGGCAAACAAUUGGUCCCUCAACCCCCACUGUGCGCCGUAUCCACGCGCUGAGGAUCUGCACAUCGAGCAGCAGUAUUAUCAGCACACGCUCGGUGGCAAUGUGAACUAUUAUUUGUAUGCCGCCUAUUACGAUCGUCGGCUGGCGAUCAUUAACACGCCCAGCAUUACGAUACUGGCGAUGAUGAGCAGCAUGGCUGGACCCUUUGCGAGUGCUUACUGUCAAGUGUGGUACGAAGCCGAUGCUGAGCCCAACAUUGUGCCGAUGCAACAACAGACGGUGAUGUGGUACAAAGAGUGGAGCACGGAAGCCGGUCAAUUGUAUCCCGUGUUGCUCAGCUGUCAGUUGCCCAAUAAUCCGCGAAGUUCACGUGUCCCAGAGUUGGUUUCCCUGGUGUUUGACGAUCGUUGCGCUCGCCCGACGAAUGCGUUGCGUGUCGUCUACGAGGCGCCGCAACGUAAACGUGUCAGACGCUUCGCGGUGUGCGUCAAGGAUCUGAAUUUUCCGCAUGUGGAGAUGUCGCAGCGGUGGAUCGAAUGGCUCGAGAUGUUGCGUCUACUCGGCGCUGAGCGUGUCACCGCCUACGAUUUGGGUGGCGAAUCGUUGUUGCCACAAACACGCCGCACGUUGCAACACUAUGUGACGCAGGAUGGUUUGUUGCGAUUGCGACCGCAUCGUUUGUUGCACAAGAUGCCGACGCCGACGUUGAAUAGGCUGGGCAAGAGUUUGAACGAAGUGUUGUGCUAUGUGGAUUGCUUCUAUCGUCACAUCUACGAGUUCGAUUAUGUGGGCAUCUUUGAUGUCGAUGAGGUGAUCAUGCCCCUGGGCGAGUUGCACAAUUGGACCGUGUUGUUGCAACAACUCGAACGCGAUAGCAACCAAGUGCUCGAAGAUCCGCCGUAUGAGGAGAAUUGUGAAGCACGUGCCAGCUAUUGUUUUCGCAACAUUUACUUUCCCAACGAUUGGCCAGUGGACGAGCGAGUGUCGAGUGCAUUUCAUAUGCUGCAACAUGUGCAACGUGUGGCCGAACAUUCCGAUCACAAUUCGUACGUCAAGUGUUUGCAUUCAACGCACUUUGUGCAAUCGGUGCACAAUCAUUUCCCAUUCUCGUGGCAAGGCAGUUGCGGUCCAUACCAUGUCCCCGUUGAGUUGGGCCAAUUGCAGCAUUAUCGCAAAUUUGAGAAUCGAACAAUGGAUCGAAUAUCGGAUCGAACAUCGGUGCGCGAUGAUAAUAUCUGGCGAUUUAAGGACAAACUCAUAUUGAAUGUGCUAGCCAAGCAACGUGAGCUUGACCGGUCGUAAAACCGAAACGUUUUUAUUGAUUUUGAUUUUAAUUGCUUUCGCAAACAUGAGCUCAAGUGUGUGUGUGUGUGUGUGUGUGUGUGUGUGUGUGUAC